AUGGCAUGGCAAAACCCCCCCAAAACCCAAAUGGCUUCCAACCUCUUCUUCUUCUUCUCCAGAUUCACUCAUCUACACACGGCGUCGUUCUCAAAGCCAAAGCUCGACGACAGCGUCGUUGCGGCACUUUGCAAUUCCUUCAGAGAGCGACGCAACUGGGACUCCAUUACCCGCGAGUUCCGUUCCCUUCAAUUAAACGACGUCUCGGUUGAACACCUCCUUCUGCAACUCAAUUCCCCCUCCGACGCAAAAGCCGCAUUGGGCUUCUUCCAUUGGGCCGCAUCCCUGCCCAACACCACCUUCCAACACAGCACUCGCUCCUACACCAUACUCAUCAACCUCUUGUUAAGAGCCAACUUAGUCGCCCACGCCCGUGCUCUUCUCCACUCACUCACCAAAACAAACACCGACUCUCUUUCGGUUCGUGCACUCGUUGAUUCUCUUCUCCACGUCGUCGUUUCAACCUCUCGCGCUCUUGCCGUAAACCUUCUCGUCCAAGCCUACGCCAAAGCCAAGCUAACGGACAUCGCCUUCGACGUUUGCCGUUACGUGGAAGAGCAUGGAGUCUCCGUUUCCCUCUCCGUCGUCAGUUUUAAUACCUUGCUUCACGCGGUUCAGAGAUCUGAGAAAUGUUUUUUCGUUUGGGAGGUUUACGAGUUCAUGAUUCGGAGUAGGGUUUACCCUAAUUUGACGAGCUUGCGAAUCAUGGUUGAUGCGUUGUGCAAGGAGGGUGAAUUGCAGAAGAUUGUGGACACGCUGGAUCGAAUUAUGCGGAGGAGUACUUUCCGUUCUCCUUCUAUGAUCGUGAAUUGUAGUUUGAUGUUGAGGAUUUUGGAGAGAGGACGCGUGGCGGAAUCGGAGACUGAUGUGGUGGUUUUGUUGAAGAGGCUUUUGCAGAAGAAUUUGCUUCACGAGACCGUUGUGUGGUCUCUGAUUGUGCAUUCGAAGGUUGUUUUUGGGGAUUUGGAUUCCGCAUGGGGGUUAUAUAGGGAGAUGGUGAGAAGAGGGUUUGAGUCGAACGCGUUUGUUUACACGUCGUUUGUUGGAGCGUUUUGCAGAGAUGGGAGAGUUGAGGAGGCUAUUGGUUUGAUGCGUGAAAUGGAGGGGAAGGGGUUGAGGCCGUACUGUGAGACGUUUGAGCACGUUGUUGUUGCGGCGGAUUCGGAGGAGUGUGUGAGGGUUUUUGAGGAGAUGUUGAGGGUUGGGUGUGUGCCUGGUUGUAUGGUGUUUAAUAAGGUGGUGGAGAGGCUGUGUGAGAAGGGGGAAGUGGAGAAGGCGAAUGAAAUGUUGAGUGUGUUGUUGGAUAAAGGUUUUUUGCCGGAUGAUGUUACUUAUUCUCGUUUGAUGCAGGGGUAUGCUAGAAAGCGGGAGGUUCAGGAGGUUUUGAAGCUGUAUUAUGAAAUGGAGUACAGGCGUGUGAGUCCUGGGUUUUCGGUUUUUGCGACAGUGAUUCGGUGUUUGUGUCGUUGUGGGAAGGUUGAAGAUGCUGAGAGGUAUUUGAGCGUGAUGAAACAGCGGUUGGUGGCUCUGGAUGUGAGCGUGUAUGAGGUGUUGAUUGAUGGCUACAUGAAGAAGGGGGAUAGUGCUAGGGCUCUUCACCUUCGUGAUGAAAUGGCUUCUUUGGAGUUGUAA